GACAACAAGCCCGUUUUCCGUUUAUCAGUUGAAUAUGGAUUAAUUAAAAAUUUAGUUGAGCCAAGCAAGAAAAUAAAAUUAUUCCUUUUUUUUCUUUAUCAUACUUAUUAUGAUGAUAUUGUUCCCGCUGAUAUCGGUAGUCAAUCAGCGCAAUUACUCAAAGAAAAGGGUUAUCAAGUUGAAUUUGAAAACGAUUAUAACGGUAAUCAUGUUUUUCGCCCGAAAGAACUGCAAAAAAUAAUGGCUAAAAAAUUAAAUGCUCUUCUAUAA